ACUAGAGAGUGAAUACUCAAUACAUCACUGAAACUUGUGAAAGACUCGUGCUUUCGAAAUCGGAUCCGCACCACCUCCAUCUCUGUUUAUUCCAAAACCAAAGAGGAGGAGAAUGAUCGGAGUCGGGAAGAUGAAGCAGUACUCUAACGUCCUCGACAGGCCUCUCAGCAAAGGAAAACAAGAGGUGAGUUUGAGUGCUUUUGCGUUCUUGUUUUCGGAGCUUGUGCAGUACAAUCAGACACAGGUUGACAACAUUGCCGAGCUAGAAAGAAGGCUGGAAGAUGCAGGCUAUGCUGUUGGAGCUCGAGUUCUGGAGCUUCUUUGCCAUAGGGAUAAGGGAAACAGAAGGGAGACACGACUGUUGGGUAUCCUGUCUUUUGUGCAUAGCACAGUAUGGAAGGUGUUAUUCGGAAAGGUAGCUGAUUCACUAGAGAAAGGCACUGAACAUGAAGACGAGUACAUGAUUAGCGAGAAGGAACUCCUUGUGAACAGAUUUAUUUCGAUUCCAAAAGACAUGGGAACAUUUAAUUGUGGAGCAUUUGUUGCUGGAAUUGUAAGGGGUGUUUUGGAUGGUGCUGGUUUUCCAGCUGUGGUAACAGCUCAUUUUGUACCAGUGGAAGGUCAGCAACGACCUCGGACAACCAUUUUGAUAAAAUUUGCUGAAGAGGUACUACGAAGGGAAGCAAGGUUGGGUUGAUGUUAAGGCCACGAUAGUCAUAUCUUAUUUUUCUCUAAAGCUCCUCCUUAUUAUGAUAAAAAAUGGUGGUCUUACAUUUGGGUUGUCAAGCAGUCACCUCGAAUCAUAUGAAUCAUACUUGUGUAAGCUAUUUCACAAUGCUGAUUUGAAAGUAGUGACAAUUGUAAUUUGUAAGCGUUAGCUGUGAUCCAAUCAGGAGUGAAGUAAAAAAAGAACAAGAAGAGUUAUUUGUUUCUGGUAGGAACUCCAAAUGAUUUAUGGCCUUGUGGUUAAGCUGCAGAAUGUGGAAUGCUACUUCAAUCAUCCACAAUCUCCUCAUA